GGAUUCACUACCUUAUGUUAGUUUAUUUUAUGCGAAAAGCAUAUUUUUAACUCUGUUACUAAACCACAACACAUCAGAAUAUCGCCAUUUAAUUAGCAUUCGUGUUCCCUGAUCGACCAAUAGAGAUCCUUGAUCUGGAAAAUGAGAACAAUUUAGGACUUGACACAGUUCUUUGCCAAUAAACAGGGUCUGAUAUAACGAUGUCAUGAUUGGUAACUGCACAGUUAACCACAGGCCCUCUUGUAAGGAAAUGGCCGUAGUCCACACCCCGCCAGUCUUAUAUAAAACUGCGCUUAUAAAAAUCAGCAUGAAAACACAGUCCAAACUUCCAGCUCCAAAAAGUGUCCAAGACAAACAGCAAUGGUAGCAUUUUGCAGACGUUUCUUGUUGCUUCUGACAUUGAAUUGUUUGAUAUGGACGGCUGAGUCAAUUCGACAAGCCCGGAGCUGCUACAGUCCUCUCAAAGGGUACAUUUUCUGUUCGUUUACGAUACACGACACAUGGAACUUCGUGCAUUUCCGAACAUGGCUAGAUUCCUUAAAAAUCCCGGUGGAGCAUGUUGAACUUUCCCUCCAGUGCUUGAAUAGUGGGUCCGUCUUCCUGCCCUGGCCCAUGAGAGCCCGUGCUCUUAAAAAGUUUGAGAUGAGGAACUGUGCUAUUAAAGGUUACUUCUCGGAAUAUAACCAAGACCCAGAAUACCCGGAUACGCUUAAUGAAAUCUCAAUGAUUGAUUGCACCAUAGAAACCGAUAUCAACACAAACAUUCAGAGAACUUUGUUUACCCGUGUGUCCAAGUCGUAUAGUUGUGGGCAGCAGACGGUUAGGAGUCACGUGAUGAGAAAUAUUUCGUUUUCUUUCCUUCCUACCUCAUCUGCACCACCCCUAAAUGUUCUAAAUCGAGUGUUUUCUGCAAUGCGUCGACAAUCGAAAAAUCGUGACUUUACCUGUAACUAUGACAACCUCUUCCAUUUGGAGGAAUCACAGAGCGACAGUAUAUCGUCCAUUCAUUUCGAAGUUAUGACAGACAUAUCCAACUACCACAAUCUGAGGACAUUCAAUUUUUCGUCUAAUCUCUUAACUCACUUGCCAAAUCAUCUUAGACAGUGGCAUAAGUAUUUUCCAACUUUGGAAGUUCUUGACUUGUCAAAAAAUCGGUUACGGAAAUUCGACUUCGAGAAGCCGAAGACCUUUGGUCGUCGUAAAAUCUUAUUUGUCAAUCUUCAGCACAACAGAAUCAGCGAUGUACCCGAGAACAUUGCCUCUUAUAUCGACGGACCAGUUCCUGUAAUACUUGAUUUAAGAAAUAACCCCAUUCGAUGUACGUACAAUACGUUUGAACUUGUGAAAUACCUGAACAAAAUUAAUGACAUGUUUCCCGUUUUGAGCUUUAUGACGGACAUCAAGUGCAGGUUGUCUGCACACUCACUUAAAUCCAAACCGGAGCUCGUUAAUAACCCCACCAUGGCCUCCAAUGACAGCAGAUCCAGAGUCCUUCAACUUCUCAAUCUGUUUGCAUUUAAGUAAAGUAAUAUAUAAUUCUCUAUCUAUGUAUCUAAUUUAUUUCUAUUAUGUAUACAAUGCAUUUUAUUUUAAUUUAUUGAAUUGUUGUGUUGAAAUAAUUCAUUCGUUGAGUAAAUGGGGUAAUCUAUUUUCAUUUUGUUGAAUAUUGACCUUGAUUGUUCACUAUUAUCAUUCAUAUUUUAUCAUUUUAUUAAAC